GUAUCAGGUGGAAAGGCUUAGUAAAAAGUGUUGUUAUACAAAGAAAGAAAUUUUUUAAGAGACGGGGCGGCCUUUUUUGCCCUUCAUUAAAGAAGACAAAAAAAAAGGAUGAACUUCUACCAGAAUGGGAUAGUCACAAGUAGAAAAAGGAAUGAAUAAUGCUAUUGCUCAACCAUCAGAACUUCCCUCUUCUUCUCCCCUAAUCCCACCUAUUUUUUUUUUCCUUUCUUUAGAAGAUUCCUGAGGUGACACCUGAGAUUUGAGCCCUUGAACUCCAUGGCACACUCAUCCUCUAGCAAUGAUGGAACUGACUCUACAGACUGCAGCUCUGAAUCAAACCUGAGCCUCUCUGUGGGCUAUUUCCCCUGUGAAGACACCUCCUACGAGAAAACCAUCUCCCGUGAAGACGUGUCUUCCAAGGGUCCUUCAAUCUUUGUCCCUCCUAUCCAAGGGACAUGGAGAACUGAAAGUACAGGCAGACUCCUGAGGAGACAAGGCCAAAUUCAGGACGACCCAAAGCAGUUUUGCAAACUAAGCAUCACCCUGGCCUGGGACAUUGAUGUGGGUUCUAACAAUUCAGAUUCCAUAGUUAAUUGGGACAUAAAUGGAGUCAAUUGGUGGGUAGACAAGUACCCUGAAGAGAACACACAACUGACUCUCAGCAAACUGGACGGUCUUGUGCAAAAACUUGAGAAACUUCUGGAAAACCAGAAAGAUGAUGAUGAUGGCUCUGCAUUCCCUGAAUCUGCUCAGGAGGAAGAUUUCCAAUUGUUCAGCAGCUCCCCUCCAGAUAGAGCUCAGGUCAGUCGUCAAGAACAUGAUACUUGCCAAGACUUGCCCAACCCCUGCCAACACAGAGGUACCAUGCAGUUUCCACAGAUUCCUCUAAGACUUCAGGAACGCGAACUUACUGAGAUGACAAACCAGGCAACUCACAGCCAAAGGACAAGCACUCUAGACACCUCCUCAGUCUCAUCGGGUCAGCCAGAGAAGCCAGAGAAGGAGGGUGCUCAUGCCAGCACACAGGCCAUCUCCUGUGUGAACCUGAGGUGGGUCUUCCACUGGCUGAGGGAGCAAAUCCUCUCCUCACUUCUCGGGAGACAACAGCCGGAGGAGGCCACUGAGCGCCCCAAUCAGCGGGCACGAAAGAAAAGACUCUCUCACAGAGGCAAGAGAAUCCAACCCCAAGAUUCCCUCGAAUUAGGACACCCUCUAUCGCCGGAUAACCUCUAUUCUACAAUCCCCACGAGUUAAUUGUUUUCCAAUAAACACAACACAUGUUCUUAUUAGUCAUGUCUUCCUCUUCCAGCUCACCAUGUUGACUCAGGCUGAACAUAUAGAUGUUGUCUAGAAGACUGAGAUAUAUUCUCUGUGAAUUUUAAGUAGUAUUACCCUUCCUAACUUGAAGGCAUUCUUUUU